AUGGGCGUUGGUUUGAGCGCCUCCUCAUGGUGGCUGCUGCUGCUGCUACUCUACAGCGCCGCCUCCGGCUGCUCGGCCCGGCCUUUCGGGAUCCCGGCGCCCGCCGUCAACGUGGCGGUGGUCUUCAGCGGCUCAGCCUACCAAGCCGAAAUCAAGGGGAGGUUGAGUCGUGAGAACUUCAUGGACCUGCCUCUAGAAGUCAACCCCAUCACUGUGCUGGUGAACAACACCAACCCUAGAGCGCUGCUCACUCGCAUCUGCGACACACUCUCCACCAACCGCGUCCACGGCGUGGUGUUCGAGGACAACGUGGGUUCCGAGGCCGUGGCACAGAUCUUGGAUUUCAUUUCCACUCAGACCGGCGUGCCCAUCGUGGGGAUCAGUGGAGGAUCAGCCGUUGUUUUGCCGUACAAGGGCGAGGGCUCCAACUUCCUGCAGCUGGGCUCGUCCAUCGAGCAGCAAAUCAAUGGCAUGUUCAAGGUGAUGGAAGAGUACAACUGGGACAAUUUCGUGGUCAUCACCAGCCUCUACCCGGGCUACGAGGCCUACGUGGAUUACGUCAAGGCCUACAUCGAUACCAGCUAUUUCAUGUGGGAGCUCCAGGACGUGCUGACGUUUGACAUGUCCGCGGACAGCACCAAUGACCUCCGGGCGCGACGGCUCCUACAGCAGAUCGACGCCCAGGUGCUCCUGAUUUAUUGCUCCCACGAGGAGGCCCAGUAUCUCUUCACCAUGGCCGCCGAGGCCGGAUUGGUGGGGCCCGGCUACAUCUGGAUUAUCCCCAGCCUGGCGGUGGGUAACCCGGACAUGCCGCCGCCCGACAGCUUCCCCGUAGGGCUCAUCAGCAUCAUCACCGACCGCUGGAGGAUGAGCUUGAGAAAGAGGGUGCGAGAUGGUGUGGCCAUUGUGGUGAAGGGUGUGCAGAGCUACCGCAAGCAGAGGGGCUUCUUGCCGGAGGGUCACAAUGACUGCCACAACCCCGUCAAGACCGUGGCUACCAACGACACGCUGUUCAGGCACAUGCUGAAUGUAACCUGGGAGCACAACGACUUUUCCUUCAACGCUAACGGCUAUCUGGUGAAGCCGGCGAUGAACAUCAUCACUUUGGAUCGAGAGAGGCAGUGGGACAAGGUGGGGACGUACGAGAUGAGCAUCCUGCAGAUGAGGUACCCGGUGUGGCCUCGCUACGGCUCUUACCUGGAGCCCGUGUCCGACUAUCGGCACCUGACGGUGGCCACGCUGGAGGAGCGUCCUUUUGUUAUCGUGGAGGCCGUGGACCCUGAAACUGGAACCUGCGUCAGCAACACUGUGCCGUGCCGACGACAGUCCAACAAGACUGAGGCCAUUGUGGGCCACACGGAGCCGUACACCAAACUGUGCUGCAAGGGCUUCUGCAUUGACAUCCUCAAGAAGCUGUCACGCAACAUCAAGUUCUCCUACGACCUCUACCUCGUCACCAACGGCAAGCAUGGCAAGCUGGUACGCGGCAUCUGGAACGGCAUGAUCGGCGAGGUGUUCUACAAGCGUGCAGACAUGGCCAUCGGCUCACUGACCAUAAACGAAGAACGUUCUGAGAUUAUCGACUUCUCGGUGCCAUUUGUGGAGACGGGCAUCAGCGUCAUGGUGGCCAGGAGUAACGGCACAGUCUCACCGUCUGCCUUCUUAGAGCCGUACAGUCCCGCUGUGUGGGUGAUGAUGUUCGUCAUGUGUCUGACCGUGGUCGCCAUUACCGUGUUUGUCUUCGAAUACUGCAGUCCGGUGGGCUACAACCGCAGCCUGGUGACGGCGAAAGACCCCGGGGGUCCAACAUUCACCAUCGGCAAGUCGGUGUGGCUCCUAUGGGGAAUCGUGUUCAACAACUCGGUGCCCAUCGAGAACCCCAAAGGAACCACCAGUAAGAUCAUGGUGCUGGUGUGGGCUUUCUUCGCCGUCAUCUUUCUGGCAUCCUACACGGCCAACUUGGCCGCUUUCAUGAUCCAGGAGCAGUACAUCGACACCGUUUCUGGACUGAGCGACAAGAAGUUCCAGAAGCCUCAGGAGCAGUACCCGCCAUUCCGCUUCGGUACAGUGCCCAACGGCAGCACGGAACGAAACAUCCGCAGCAACUACCCGGAGAUGCACUCGCAUAUGGUCAAGUACAACCAAAAAGGGGUCGAGGACGCCCUCAACAGCCUCAAGACCGGAAAGCUGGACGCCUUCAUCUAUGAUGCUGCCGUGCUCAACUAUAUGGCGGGAAAGGACGAGGGCUGUAAACUGGUGACCAUUGGCAGCGGCAAAGUCUUCGCAACUACCGGAUACGGCAUCGCACUGCAGAAGGACUCCCGAUGGAAAAGACCCAUUGACCUCGCCCUGCUUCAGUUCCUGGCUGAUGGCGACACUCAGAAGCUGCAGACGGUGUGGCUAACGGGCAUCUGCCGAAACGAAAAGAAGGAGGUGAUGAGCAGUAAGCUGGACAUCGACAACAUGGCAGGUGUCUUCUACAUGCUGUUGGUGGCCAUGGGCCUCAGUCUGCUGGUGUUUGCCUGGGAGCAUCUGCUCUACUGGAAGCUGCGACAUUCAGUGCGAAAGUCGGACCGCCUCGACUUCCUCCUGGCCAUCAGCAGGGGUAUAUACAGCUGCUUCAACGGGGUGGAGCAGACAGAUCGUAAUGGCAGCAUCCAGAGUCCCGACGUCACCACCAACUACUCGCAGGCUAACAUGCUAAAGAUGCUUAAAACCGCCAAGGACAUGGUGUCCUCCGCCCGGGUGGAGAACUCCUUGGACAGCGCCACCAAGACCCUGGAGAGCUGGAGCCGGCGAGGGGCAGCCGACAACGCCCGCGCCGGCCUUCCGGCACGUGUGUCCACUGGUGCAGAUGUGGCACACUGCCGCCUCCCUUACAUCGCCAGCAUCACUGACAACCACUCGCCGUACCCGGUUAGGAGCCGAACACCUACUUUUCCCAUCCACUACGGGGACGGUGCCGCUCAACCGCUCCUAGACAAACCGCGAGUGGUCACCCGGCCCACACCCAUGCGUUACACACUGCCGGCCCGCAACAACCUCUUGGAGAGGACGCUACCCAUUUCCAGCCUUAGCAGCCCCCACCUCGCCAUGCCAGAUGUGUCGCCCACCGCCACCACCCAGCCUCACCAUUCUGGCCGGCUCUAUGUGGAGAACCCAGUGCGGCAUCCGGCAUCCCCGUUCAUCACCUACCGGGAAAUCCACGUGCCCAAUGUCUACGUGGAGCAUAAAGCCCCCCUGAGAAGGAAGCUGAGCUACCCCCCUGACUGUGGGGGGCGCAGGAGGCGCAGCUAUGUGUUUGACGUCCCCGACCCAAGAUCAAGAGCUGACUAUGAUGAGCCGCGAUCCUGCCUGGCUGAACUCAGGGCCAACCAGCUAAUGAAAAACCACUCCCCGGACACUGUCCCAGGACACUACCCUUGCACCACACCGGGACACUACCCGAGUGCUGCAGCCAGCUGCAACUCUUGCAUGAAGUCUUACCUUGAACCCGAGAUGGACGACGUACCCCUACUGGGAAAGGAUAAACUCAACCGCAGAGCCUCUUUCCUCAAAGCUACUUGGGGCAACGAGCGCAUCCGGCAGGUAGACGAGACCAAACCGUCCACCUCCACCUCGCCCCGGGCCGAUAUGCCUGACCUGUUCCCGCGAGUAGUGGUGCCGGCUAACGCCAAGUCUCACAAGCUUUAUGGCAGCCUGGGCCACAAUCUUACCUGCCACUCUCUGGCUGCUGAGCCUGCCUACUUGGACCCGGCCCACAUGGGUUCGUACCCUUACAAGCAGAAACUCAAGUAUACCGACCCCACCCGGCUACCGUCGUACCGGGAGGCCAUCCUGCAGAACCCCGCCGCCCUACGCCGGUCUUCGUCCACGUUGGUGCACAGACACUACUCCACCUACCUGAACUCCUACUCGGACAUGCCGGUCUACGUGGCACCGCCCCCAUCCCAGUUCUACGACAGUCCCAAAAACAUGUGCCACCUGUUCCCGUGCGCCACCCACUGCCCAGACCAUCCUGCUGCCAGGCCCGUGGCCUACCAGAACAGCAUGUUUGGGGCCGAGCGUGAUGAGCCCAUUUCGGGGGGCAGGGAACGCCGGCAGGUGUUGGUGGCGCGCCGGGUGAACAGUCCGUUUGUGCCAAAACCUUGGGGAAGGGUCUCCAGCCUGGAGUCGGAGGUGUGA